UUUCUUUAUCUGUUAAAGCAAAGCAGGGAGGCCAUUUGGGCUGGAAGGUGGCCUCCGCUGCACUGCAGUGUUCUAGAACUUUCCAUGUUAAUGCGUGUGGCGUUUCCCAGGCCACCAGCUGCCUGUGGGUUUUCUUUUGACUGAAAAUUUUUGAAAACUACAUUUGUCCGACUGAUGUACACCUUACGGUGAAGGUCACGCUUUGGGCCCACGGCUCUGACCUUUGGCAAAUGUGCCCCGUGGAGCGACCACCACCAUAGACAGGACGGUUUCCUGCUUGCAGAAAGUCCCCUCGUCUUCGUGUGGUCAGCGCUUCACCCACCUUGUGACCCUGACCUGUGCUCUGUCCCCAUGCACCGGGUGCUCCCAGGGACGUGAUGGUCAGCGCUUCACCCACCUUGUGACCCUGACCUGUGCUCUGUCCCCAUGCACCGGGUGCUCCCAGUGACGUGAACAGCGCAUCUCCGCCCGGGCCAUGGCCAGUGUGAGGUCCAGCCGCCCCAGCUGCAUCCGGGCCGCGUUCAGCGCCACCAGCACCAGGGCCGGCCUCCGCCGGAGGCAGAGGAACGCGCUCCAUCGCCUCAAGGUCAAUCACAGGAAGAACCACGUGGACUUCGUGGAAGGUAUCUGGAGAGAGUUUUUAGAUCCUCACGCGGGUUUGGAGGACACCCCCGCCCACCUGGCCUGUGGCUUCAAGGACUGUUCUCCAGGGGACGUGACCGGCCACGGGCCUGCGCACACACCCACCUCCGGGAGCCCAGACGUCCACUCCCGAGACCCCCUCUCGUCAGAAGGCCCAGCCGUGAAGGCCACCGGCGGGGCUCCCGCGCCCCUGGGGGACAACGACGUGGACAUGCAGCCCGCAGAAAUGACGGAGGAAGACGGGGGGCCCCUCCUCCCUGCCGGGGAGCCCCCCGAGACUGGCCGGCGCCUGCAGGGCAGGGCCAGAGUGUCACGGCCGCCACCCAGACUCGCGAGUGAGAAGGACAAGGCGCCCAAGCUCUCACUGUCCAAGAGGAAACUGGAGCUUCUGCUGUCGGAGCCCGAGAAGAGGAAGAGGAGGAAGCAAUACGCGGCCUAG